CAAGUCGAAAAUGCCAUUUGAAUUCGAUAGCGCGAUAGCACUGUGCCGUCUAUCGAUAACACAGCACUGCUUCUGACCCGCGCUUUUCAACACUGGCAGUCCUAUUAGUUUACAAACGAAAUGCUUAAAUAAUUAAUUUAGCAUGUAGAAUCCAAGGACAUGGCACCUCAGCUCUCGAAUGGUCAGCAUUAUGUGGAAAGUGCCCGGGUGUAUAUGAAAAGGGACUCAUCCAUUCGCAUAAAGUGCUGUCUCUGCAAAGCGGACACUUUUGCCGGUGGCGAGUGGGAGGAUUUCCUGAGACACCUAGUCCAAAAGCAUGGAGCAGCCGGCCAGGUGAAUGGAGAUGUGGAUGAGAUCCAGGACGAGGUCCAGGUGGAGCUGGCCAACCUCUCAGAGGCGGACAUUGGCCAGGAACCCGAAGUGGCAGAGCACCAGGAGCCGGAAUUGUUCACCAAUGUGGAGUUUCUUGAAGAUGAGCAGGUUAACGAUGAACUAAGUUCUCUUUCUGAGGAAGAGUCGAAUCAGGAUGAGCCUGGAAAGAUUAGCCACCAAGACUACAUUCUGAACAAACCCAACAAGCCCUUCUACAGCCUCCAUCGCACUAGACCUGAGAUAAUUCAGUAUUUCAUAGAACUUCUGCGCCGGCACAAGUUCCUCUGGAGCAGCCACCGUGGGACUAACCGAGAGGAUCGCCUGAAGAGUUCGCAACAAGUGGCAGAGGCACUGUUCCAACGGUUUGGCUUCCUGCUGCAGCCCCAGGUGAUCGGUGCCAGUGCCCGUUUCCUGCAGGUCUGGUUCGAGCGGCAGUAUGUGAUGCAGUUGAGCAACUCCUACUUUCGCUGCCGCCACCCGAAGUACUACCGCAGCUUGCUCAGAUUCAUGCCCACGAGCCACAUCUCGGUGACCAUUUGCGAGGAGUGCGACAGGCGUUUCCUCAACGAUCUUCAGCUGCGGCUGCACAAAUUCCGCGUUCAUGACGGACCCAAUCCGAAUGUGUGCCAGGUGUGCCACCAAGGAUUCCCGCUCGCUUCGAAGCUGCAGCAGCACCAGGCGCGGUACCACUUUAAGCCGCAGGAGUGGCAGUGCGGCCAGUGCGACUACAACGCCCCCUCCAAGUGGGACUUCCAUCAGCACCAGGCCAUGCACGCGGGGGAGCGGAACUACACCUGCGAGGUGUGCGGGCACAGCUGCAAGACCAGCUCCGCCUUGGCCGUGCACCGGCGCACCCACGAACGGCCGAGAUUAGCCUGUCCCCACUGUAGCCGGCAAUUCCGGGAGAAUUACACCUUGAAGUGCCACAUCCGAAAGUUCCACGAGGGCGACAGUGUACGCAGGUUCUCCUGCAGCGUCUGCCGGCGGAGUUUUCAGACCAUGGAGGUGCUGGAGCUGCACAAGUUGGUACACGCCGAGAGGUCAGAAAAGGAAUCAGAGGAGGAGGAGGAUCCUUAGGAACUGGAAGUUGAUGAAACCAAGGGUCUACACUUACGAUAAGGAAACAAAUCUCUUCCAGCUAUUAAACUUAUUAUCACCACAUUUUCGCCGCGUAUCAGGAUCUGUGGCAGAUGCCGCUUUAUCUCCACGUUCUUUC